AUGGCAGCCAAACGCCCAGAGAACCCUGACGGGUUGCCCGCAAAGCGCCAGAAGACCGCUGGCGGGCUCGAUCCUAAAAACAAUCCUUACCUUGCUCACUGGCACGACAACGAUGUGAACGGGUACACAAACGGCUCCUCAACCCCUCCGAUUCCCAGCGACAGCCCUCUCGCCGACUUCCAACGGCACAAGACCACGGCUGCGUUGGCUCACAAAGCCGAAGAUUCCAAAACCAAUCCUUUCACAGGCCGUCCUCAUUCCGAUCGAUACUUCUCCAUACUGCGUACCAGAAGAGAUCUGCCUGUCCAUGCCCAGCGGGACGAAUUCCUUCAGUUGUACCAGAAAUCCCAAAUUCUAGUUUUCGUGGGCGAAACUGGGUCAGGAAAGACGACGCAAAUCCCCCAGUUUGUUCUCUACGAUGAUUUGCCACAGCAAGAACGAAAGCUCGUCGCAUGCACGCAGCCUCGUCGAGUGGCCGCCAUGUCGGUCGCGGAACGUGUUGCGAACGAGCUGGACGUCAAACUUGGCGAAGAGGUCGGAUACAGCAUAAGAUUUGAGGACAUGACAAGCCAAAAGACGAUACUCAAAUACAUGACCGAUGGCAUGCUCUUGAGAGAGGCCAUGAACGACCACGAGCUCACAAGAUACAGCACGAUUAUUCUCGACGAAGCCCACGAGCGGACAUUGGCUACAGACGUGUUGAUGGGUCUAUUGAAAGAGGUGGUUUUGCGUAGGCCAGAUCUCAAGUUGAUCAUCAUGUCUGCAACCCUGGAUGCUCAGAAAUUUCAGCGAUAUUUCAACGACGCGCCUUUACUUGCUGUUCCUGGUCGAACACAUCCUGUGGAGAUUUUCUACACCCAGGAGCCUGAGCCGGAUUACGUUGAAGCUGCUAUCAGAACCGUUUUGCAGAUCCAUGCCACGGAACCCGAAGGUGAUAUCUUACUAUUUCUGACCGGAGAAGAAGAGAUCGAAGAUGCAUGCCGAAAGAUCUCGCUGGAAACCGAUGAAAUGGUUCGAGAGGCUGACGCGGGCCCGAUGAAAGUGUAUCCCCUUUACGGCACGUUGCCUCCUGCACAGCAGCAAAAGAUCUUUGAACCUGCCCCGCCACCGCGGCGACCUGGCGGUCCAGCGGGUCGUAAAUGCAUCGUUGCCACCAACAUUGCAGAGACGUCCCUGACCAUCGAUGGGAUUGUCUAUGUGGUUGACCCUGGAUUUUCCAAACAAAAGGUGUACAAUCCACGUAUCAGGGUCGAGUCCCUCCUCGUUUCGCCCAUCUCGAAGGCUUCCGCUCAACAGAGAGCUGGUCGUGCCGGUCGUACUCGGCCCGGAAAGUGUUUCCGACUGUAUACUGAAGGUGCCUUUAAAAAGGAGCUGAUCGAGCAAACUUACCCUGAAAUCCUUCGUUCAAAUCUCUCAUCUACUGUCCUGGAGCUGAAGAAACUUGGAAUCGACGACCUCGUGCACUUCGACCUGAUGGAUCCUCCCGCUCCUGAGACUUUGAUGCGGGCAUUGGAGGAGUUGAAUUAUCUCGCGUGUCUGGACGACGAUGGUAACCUCACAACCAUGGGCAGGCUGGCGUCUGAGUUCCCUCUCGAUCCAGCACUGGCAGUCAUGCUCAUCUCUUCCCCCGAAUUCUACUGUUCGAACGAGAUCUUGAGCUUGACCGCUUUGCUGUCCGUGCCCCAGAUCUUUGUCAGACCUGCGUCCGCGCGAAAACGGGCAGACGAGAUGAAAAAUCUCUUCGCUCACCCUGACGGCGACCAUCUGACCAUGCUCAAUGUCUAUCAUGCUUUCAAAGGCCCUGAGGCGCAGGCGAACCCGAGGCAAUGGUGUCACGAUCAUUUCCUGAGUCUCCGGGCUUUACAGUCUGCGGACAAUGUGCGUCUGCAGCUAAAGAGAAUCAUGGAGCGGGAAGAAUUGGAAUUGAUGUCAACACCAUUUGAGGACAAAAAGUAUUACGAAAACAUCCGACGCGCACUCGUGUCUGGCUUCUUCAUGCAGGUGGCAAAGAAAGAAGCUAACGGCAAGACUUACACGACCGUGAAAGACAACCAAACUGUACUUUUGCAUCCUAGUACGGUCCUCGGCCAAGAGAGCGAAUGGGUGGUUUACAACGAAUUUGUACUUACCAGCAAGAAUUAUAUUCGGACGGUGACCAGUGUCCGAGGCGAGUGGCUACUCGAUAUUGCACCAGGUUAUUAUGACAUAGACAGCUUUCCCAAGGGCGAAGUCAAGACGGCGCUUCAGAGGAUCGCGGAGAGGGUAGCUCGACGGCAAAAGAUGAAGAGCGGACGAUAG